AUGGGACCGACGGUGUCCCCGGUGGUAUCGCCGGGGUACACCGAGGCGGAAAGUGAUCUGGAAUUGAUGAGCUGGGAGCCGGCGACACGUAGAAAACGCGCACGCGAGGCGAAGCGCGAGGAGCCCCGGACCAGCAGACGUAAGGAGCCCCACACCAAGCGCGAGGAGCCCCAGAUCAGCAGACGCGAGGAGCCCCGCACCAGCAAGCGCGAGGAGCCCCACACCGGCAAGCGCGAGGAGCCCCGCACCAGCGAGCGCGAGGAGCCCCACACCGGCAAGCGCGAGGAUCACCGGACUAGCAGACGCGAGGAGCCCCGCACCGGCAAGCGCGAGGAGCCCCACACCGGCAAGCGCGAGGAGCCCCGGACCAGCAAGCGCGAGAAGCCCCACUCCAGCAAGAGAGAGGAGCGGCCUGAGGGAGGAAGGAGUGGGCGCGCGGAGACGCGGAAGGAGGAGUCCGCGUACGGCCAAGGAAGAGGAGUCGUCGGCACGCACAAGGGAGGUCGACGGCGCGGCGAGGGGAUCAGCGACCGACAGACCCACAGGUCGGCAGCCAACGCCGACCGAAACCGCGGACAAGGAGCAGCAGACAACGGAGGAGGACGCCCUGACGCUGGCAAAGAGGCUGAAAAGGAGGCGCAAGAAGCGGAGGCGGAGCGCCACAAACGGGACGUCGCGCAUCAAUGGCGAGUCGGCCGCCGGAUGACAACGCGCGCGGCCAAGGGCAUCAGCAGCAGCAGCAGCACGGGCCGCAUGAUGUGGGCCUCGGGGCCCGCGCCUCAGCAGCCCGGGCAAGAGGCGAGGGAGGCUCGACUGUGGGAGGAGGCACCACGCGCCAGUGACGAGCGGGACCCGAGGCGGCGGGCACAGCCACAGCCGAAGAGGUCGAGACGGAGGGUACGACAAACACGCCAACACCCAGCGGCGGUACCCGAAGUCGAGGUGGCGACCGACGGCGAAGCGGGUGACGGCGCGAGAGCAACGGCGGAAGCGAAGAAGGACGAGGCCGCGGAAGAGAGGACCUUGGCGAUGGCCGGAACCCGGCCAGGGCGAGCGACCGAAGCUGGGCCGACAGGCGUCGUGCCCAGGGGAGCGGGCGGAGGCGCGCCGGCCCGAGCUCCAGCGCCAGGCAUCGUGGAGGCGGCGAAUUCCCGAGGCGACGCAGAAGCGAGCCUGUAA